AUAUCUCACCUGAACUCAAUGUGGGUGGGAGAGAGAAAAGAGAAAAAAGAGAAGAAGAAGGAGGGGGAAGCUUUCAGCUAUGCGUACGUUGCCAAUUGCCAUUGAAGGUAGGUGCUACCUUUUCAAUCCCCUUUUUCCUUUCAAUUUUGGUUUUUUGUUUGUUGGCAAACCUUGGAUUCACCGGGUUGGAGGGGUACGCCUCAACCCUUGACCAAGUAAGCGUUUCUUUACCAUAUCUCCCAAACGGCUCGGUGGAAACGCUAAUAGUUUGGCUUAAAUGAAAGGUGGGAAGACCCCAUAAUCUCCACCCAACAAAUCUCAGACGAGACAUUUCUAAAUCGCAGAAAGUUUAUAUGCCACCUCCGUUUUCAGAGGAUGCAUAGCGCGUGUUUGUAUUGGGGUAACAUUGGGUUGUUGAGUCGAAGAAGUCAGGAAGGUAGCGACUAGUGAUAGAGGAACCAAAAGCCCAAGAUGGAGAAGGUAGGUGUGGGAACAGAACUAAGAUUGGGCCAAUUAAGUCCCUAUUCUCAGAUGAUCUAAUUCAAGCUCUCCUCGAGAUGGGUUCGAAGCAUAAAACACGUAAUCGCAGAGAGACCUGAAACUUUAAGGCUUUGGGCCUUGGGAAAGUCCGUGUCGGAAUUGCAGUGUUCGCAGUGGCAGCUGUUGUUGGUAGUUUCAACGUCGGAAGAUUUUUGUGGCAGAAACAAAAGCAUGAGGAAGAAUAGGAAGAAAAACAGGGAAAGCACUUGUGAGGCCGUUGCACACAAACAAGAGAGAGAGAGAUCCGAAGAAGGCAAUGUAAUGUAUCAACAUCGUCAUAUGAGAAUAUUCCGUGUCAAUUCCAGACUUCAGCCAGUCCAAACAGAGCCUAAAGUUUGAGUUUGGAAUCACUUUGCUUCCAGACGGGGGAAGGUAUUGCGGUUGUUAACUGAACGCUCACCAACAUGCUGCUGGAAAGUUUGUCGGAACCGAGACCUGUUCAAAGGCUGGAGAGUUGCUUCUUUCAUCCUAGGGGUAGUUUUUAGCCAGAGCUUGGCAAAUAUUGUUGCUGUGUCAAAUUUGAUGUCAUAUCUGAUGGAUGUUUUGGAUGAGAAGCUCCCUCAAGCUGCAGCAACAGCUAACAUAAGAAUAGGUGUCACUGCCAUGAUGGAAAUCGUUGGAGCUUUCCUUGGUGAUGCUUACAUAGGUCGCUACCAGACAAUACUCUAUGCCACCAUCAUUAACGUCACUGGGUUGUCCCUUUUAGCAGUUUCAGCUUCAAAUCUAAUUUUGAAGACAAGGGCUUUUACUGGCUCAGAGCAAAUUGCCAUGUUCCGAGUGGGCUUGUUUCUUGUAGCACUUGGCAAGGCUGGUCUUGCUCCUACAUUAAAAAUCUUUGUGGCUGAUCAGUUGACAUCUAGUAGUGAAGAACUGGAAGAUAAGCAAGCUAAGACUCGUAUCAACUUUUGGUGGUUCACCGGAGUGAACUUAGGGGCAGCAGCUGGCAUUGUCUUACUUGCCUUUGUUGAAGGGAGACAAGAGUGGCUAAUGGGUUAUGCUGUCCUAGCUCUAACCAUGUUUGUCACACUGCUAGUCUUUAUUUAUGGAAAGUCAGUCUACAACUGCAAAGUACCCUGUGGUAGUGUUCUAGCACGUGCUUCCCAUGUUUUUGUAGCUGCCAUGUUCAAGAGACAUCUCAAAUGCCCUCCCGAUGCUUGUCAACUCUAUCGAGGAGACUGCUCACAGUUACCUCAGACAACUAGCUUGAGGUUCCUUGACAAAGCAGCCAUCAUAGAAUCACUGUCUCUGUCUCAGGAUCUUGAGGAACAGAGAAACAACUGGAGGCUUUGUUCUGUGACGGAAGUUGAAGAAACCAAGCUUCUGUUACGAAUGUUUCCCAUGUGGACAACCUUCCUCAUCUAUGGCCUAGUGAGGUCUUUGGGGAGCACUUUUUUUCUCCAACAGGGAAGCAACAUGAACCGUAACCUCGGCUCAAUAAGGCUUCCUCUUCCCUUCCUAUUAAUAUUUUCCAAAUUUUCAAGUGUACAAAUUGGUUGGCACUGCAAACAAUUCUCAAAGAAGUUGAAAUUUACCUCCACAAGAAGAAUUGGAAUUGGAAUGUUCUUCUCUGUUCUUUGCUGUUGCACUGCUUCAUUGGUAGAGAUUAGAAGGUUAGGUGUUGUCACACAACAUGGUUUACUAGAUAAGCCUAAAGAUACUGUCCCCAUGAGUGUCUUCUGGCUUGGCCCCCAGUUCUUAUUGCUAGGAACAAUGGAUGGAUUUGUUUAUUUUGGCAUCAAAAAUUUUUUCCUCGGGCAAGUUCCUGAGUCAAUGAGGAACUUUGUACCUUCAUUCUGUGCAAGUGUCAUUGGGACAGGAAGCUUACUCAGUGUUGCUGUCAUUGCUGCAUCAGAUAAAUCUAGCAGACAAGGAGGACAACCAGGGUGGCUUGCAGAUACUGUAAACAGGAGCCAUUUAGAUUAUUUUUUUUGGAUACUAACAAUAUUGAGCUGCAUCAAUCUUUGUUUUUACGGAUUGGUCUCAAGUAUCUAUUCCUACAAGAAAUCUUCAGAAGAAGCUGAACUCAAUGGUCACUUUGCGGACAUAAGUUUAUGAAAAAAUUGAGUACCGAAAGAAGCCACAGUGCCUUUGCUGUUGCUAAUUUAUUGGUUAGACAUUUUGUCAUCUAUGUUCAGCGAUGGUGCCAGUAAUAUUGUUGCUAUUUUGUAACCUUUCAAGGCUCUAGUUAGUCAAUGUCGCUAGUGACUACUAAUUAUUAAGUCAACAGCGACAUUAAUACACUGACAUUGCAAACUUUGGCCUCACUAAUGAUAGUUAUAUGGUGAUCUUGCGAAAAACAGUGACAGCAGUGUACUACUGUGGCAAGCUUGGGUACCAAAUUAA